UGUUAUUAGGUCGCCAUGUGUGCCGUGUACUCUCUUAUCAAUUAAGUUGUGUAUAUAAUAGAAUACCAAUCGAUUUUUUUUAUUUAUUUUAACUAUUUAAUAAACAAUAUAAUUUAAAACGUAUUAAUUAUUAAUAAACAAUCAAAAAUGCCUUUGACAAUAAAGCCAAUGCGUUAUGCUCAUCCUGAAGGUCACACCGACGUUUGUUAUUUCGAUGGUGAAAAAAGUGGAUUGAUAACAUGCGGAGGAGACGGGGACGUGAGAUUUUGGAUCGAUCUGAUGGAUGACGAUCCAUCGGCAGUGUGCGUAGCCGAGCAGGCGACAGCAUGUGUGUCAAAAAAUAACAAAAUAUAUGUGGGCAAUGACAACAACACCGUCCAGGUGCUGACGCAUCCAAACCUGGACCGCGAAGGGAUCGUGACUCGUUUCUCAGCAACGGUAUCAGCCCUAGCAACCGCACGCAAAAGUAAUUUUAUCGUUUCCGGUGCCUGUGACAUGCGGAUCCAAGUGACAAACAUUGAGAGCACUGACAGCAUCGAGCUAAAUGGUCACGAAGCUCCGAUCCUAGGUCUGACAUUGGAUCCACGUGAAGAAUUCGUCGCCUCUUCGAGUGCUGACGGAUCUAUAAAAGUCUGGAGUGUCAAAGAAAAAAAGUCUGUCCACAGUUGGAGUAACGUCGUCCCUAAAUGUAAUUCAUUUUUCACUGCCAAGGCUCACUGUGCGCCAUCAUUCAACGCCAAAGACGGCAGCUACCUCGCGUAUCCUCAUCAGAAAGACAUCGUCCUGGUUGAAAGAAACUCAUGGAAAGAAAUAACCCGAUUAAAAUGUCCAGCACUCAAAGGCGAAUUAAAUAUCUGCAAAUCAUCUGAGUGCGGUAGCAGGAUAGCAGCAUGUUCGAUCGUUGGAGAAAUUGUCGUGUGGAAUGUAGAAAAUUCGUCAGUCGUUGGUUACGUGGAGCAUCACCAGUCUGCUAAAAUAACUUCGAUAUCUUGGCACUUGAAGAAACCUACUGAGCUGGCGUUUUGCGACAGUCUAGGACAGCUCGGCUGCGUUGAAGUAUCAGGAGACGAUGACGAUUCCGAUUCAGUGGCUGCUAAGUACAGUCAUGAUCCAGACAAUGACAUUUACAAUGAUCUAGGUCUUGAUAAUAAUGAUGAUGAUGAUGAUGAGAAUGUGAUAUCACUGAAUAAAAUAAAAGCUACGGUGGAUGAUGAUCAGAAAAGUGUGUCGAGUGUGUCGUCAGCAAAACCAUCAAAGGCAGUUGCAGAAGUAAAUAUGCAAGAUCCAUUCCAACCUGGAUCAACACCGGUCCACCUUUUGUCUCGUUUCAUGGUCUGGAAUGACGUCGGUAUCGUCAGAUGCUACACCAGCGAAGACAAUGAAGAAUCUAGCAUCGAAGUUGAGUUUCAUGAUACCUCUGUUCAUCACAGCAUGCAUAUGAGUAAUUAUUUCCGGCACACUAUUGCUGCGUUGUCAUGCGAAGCUCUGGCAAUGAGUUGUCCUGCUGCUGAUGGGAGUCCGAGCAAACUGGUGGUGAUCGCGCUCCAAGGCUGGGGCUCUGGUAACAAAGAAUGGACCGCUGAUUUACCAGAAGGUGAAGAGUCUCUUUGUGUCGCCGCUGGAAGCACCUUCGUAGCGCUGGCCACCACGCGCGGAAAUUUACGUCUGUUUAUGGUAAGUGGAAUUCAAAGAGAAGUUCUAGCAUUGCCUGGACCCGUUGUCGCGAUGAAUGCCGUUGGUAAUCAUUUAGUUAUUGCGUACCAUAAAUCUGCUGGGUUUAAAGAUCAGUAUAUGUCACUACUGUGGAUUCAAAUAUGCGGAGCGGAUUUAAAGAGCCGGACACUAAAUCUCCCGUUGGCGCCUGGGUCAGAACUCAUGUGGCUCGGGCUGUCUGAUGCUGCGUCUCCAGUUGUCAUGGACGCUGAUGGUGUCAUUAAAAUAUUUAACCGUAGGUCUAAUUUGUGGCGCGUCGCCGCUGAUACUGACAAGUAUCCCAAGGGCAAAAUGGAUCACUACUUUAUUGUGGGCGUUAGCGAGCGUGAGAAAUUAGUCAGAUGUAUUUUGUGCAAAGGCAGUCAUUAUCCAGCGACAACUCCAAGGCCCAAUGUAGUCGAGGUUGACUUGAAGGUGCCGCUGUGCGAUGUAGACUCGGAAAAAACUCGCAAAGAGGCAGCUGUUUGGCAAAUCGGCAGGAGUCCGAGUGAUGAAGCAACGGCUUUGUUUACGCUUAUUGGUUUUGUUUGCAUGGCAAAUGCUGAGUUUCGUGUCGUUGAUUUGUGUCAAAAUAUCGCUGAUUUGGAUAUCAUUGAAUUGGCAAUAAAGUAUGCCAGUAAAACGGGUAAAAUGGCGUUAGCUAAUAAACUACAGGGGAUUGCGGAGGAAAAAAAUAGAAAAAAAAUGGCUGCGGAAGCUGGGAAAAUUGACGAUGAUGAAGAAGAUAUUUUUGCGGGUAUGGAUGAUAUGGGAGGGAGAGACACGCAAGAUGACAUCAUUCUUACACCGAUAGCUAAACCUACGCAGGAAAUAGAAAUCAGGCCGCUGACAUUGAGUUUAAAGAAACGCAAUCCGUUUUUGAAAAAGACAAACUCUCCGGGUGUUAAAGGGCUGGAUGGAUUAAAUAGUCUGCCGGAAAAAAUUACCAAGACACCUGUUACUGUGAAAACUCCGACUGGCAGAAAGGGUUUGGGUAAAAAAGAGGUCAAUGGCGAAAAGAAGGAAACUUUUGUCAAGUGGUUUGAGAAAAAUAAACCAGACUUGCAAGCCGAAUUUCCUGAAUUGAGUCUCUCUGAUUUAACCAAAACUGCUCUGAAAAGGUACAAAGAGGAUACUGAUGACUCACAGAAAACCAAUGGUAGUGACAGUGAUAACAAAAAAAGAAAAUUGUCGAAUUAUAAACCCUUGGAUCCUAUUCAAGAUGCGAUGGGAAUCAUGGGACCCUGGCAGAUAAUUAUAACGAUUGCGAUUUCUCUAAUAAACUUUCCCGCAGCCUGGCAUCAGCUUUCGAUAGCCGUUCUCGCACCUGGACAAAAUUUCACGUGCAUAUCACCGGCGCCAAUUAAUCCCAAUGAUUCGAUUAUUAAAGCGUGUUUUAUAAAAGUAAAUCAUAGUCUGCCAGAAGUAAAAUGCACUGAAUUUAGUUAUGAUCAGAGUGUUUUUAAAUCUACCAUCAUAAGUGAGUGGGAUUUAGUAUGCGACCGUAAAGGUCUACUGAGUUUAGCACAACCAUUAACACAGUUUGGUAUUCUCGUUGGUAACAUGGGCUUUGGUAUAAUUGCUGAUAAGAUCGGUCGGAAAAUUCCUUUGAUGAUUGCGGUGGUUGUUCAAGCGGUAGCAGGAAUUAUCAGCGUGUUUAUGCCGCUGUAUGAAUUAUUUUUACUCCUUAAAUUCAUUUCCGCUGUUGCCACUGGCGGUACUAUGCUAAUUAGUUUUGUAGUUGUAAUGGAAAUAGUCGGGAUUGAAUGGCGCUCAAAAAUAUCAACGCUCUUUCAUAUUCCAUUUUUACUUGGAUUUCUAAGUAUUCCAUUGAUUUCAUAUUUAACUGGUACAUGGGAUGGUUACUGGCUAACAAUAUCUAUUCCACCAUUUUUACUGCUAUCCUAUUACUGGUUGAUACCCGAGUCACCACGAUGGCUAUUAGCUGUUGGUAAAGUUAAACAGGCACGCAAAGUUUUGAUGGAAGCGGCUAGAAGAAAUAAAAUACCCGAAGAUAAAGUAACCGCGGCAAUUGAAGCUCAUGAAAAUUUAAUAAAUAAAGCUAACAAUACUAACGUCGACGGCGAUGGUGAACAAAAAACCUACAAUAUUAUCGAUUUAGUCCGUACACCGAACAUGAGGGUAAAAACUCUGUGUAUUGUUUUUAAUUGGCUUGUCUGCGGUAUGGGAUUCUUCGGCAUCGGACACUAUCUUGGUCAUGUAGGAGGCAACGUAUUAAGUAAUCUCGCUAUUUCAGCCGCAUUCCAGCUGCCAGGUCUACUGCUAGUUUAUAUUUUAAUUUCGCGCGUGUCCCGUUUGAAAAUUUUAAUAACUUCGAAUGUAAUAUCAGGAUUAAGUUUACUGUUAAUUGUCGCAUUUUAUCACAAUUACACUGUUAAGUUGAUACUAGUAACGAUCGGUAUUACUGGCAUGACCAUAAGCUUCCCCACUAUUUACUUAUACACCGGCGAAUUGUUUCCAACAGUUGUAAGGAACAUUGGCUUCGGAGUUUGCAGUGUCGCUUCGAGAUUCGGCAGUAUUGUCGCACCAUUUUUAAUUGUUGCUAUUGACGAAUUAGCUGAGUGGAUAGUGCCAGUUGUUUUUGGUGUUGGUCCUAUUAUUGGAGCUGGUCUCUGUUAUUUCCUGCCAGAAACAAUGGAUUGUAAAUUACCAGAAACUAUUGAAGAUGGGGAGAAUUUCAAAAAGAAAAAUAAUAGUACCCCACUAGAGGCUGUAAGUUAAGUUGUUGAGACAUAAAUUAAAUGUCUUUAUUUUGAUCAUUUUCAUUAUAAAAUUAUCAUUCAUCAUUAUUAUUUUUUACUAUAAAUUUCAUUUAUCGAAAAUUAUAUUUAAAUUAAAUAAUUUAUAUUUUCUUUUAUAAGUUUUUAUAAUUACCCAUUAAUUAUUUAAGUAUGUUGUUCAAUUAAUAAUUAUUGUUAUUAAAAAUGUUUCCAUGACCAUAUAUAAUUUAAAAAUCGUUAAAUUUCCUACCUCAGUGAAUUUUUUUAAAAUUUAUAUCUUUUAAAUUGUCA